AUGGAACGACAAAUGAAAAAUGUUUGCAUACAAAAUGAACGUUUAAAUAAUCAAUUAGAAAAAUAUACAUUACAAUUUAAACAACUUCAACAUGAAAUGAGUAUUAAAAUGCAAGACAUAUCAACACUUAAAGAUGAAACAGACAGAUUACGUACAAGUGAAAUUCAAUAUCGUUUGGAAGCCGAUCGUCUUACAGCUUAUCUUCACGAUGAUCAAAUAAAAAUUCAACAACUUGAACGUGAUUUAUAUGAUAUAAAACAGCGACAAUUAAAUAAUGAUGACAAAUCAAUUGCUAAUCUUCGUGAAUUACUUGAAUUAAAAGAACGUGAAUUAAAUGCAUUAAAAGAAAAAUUAGAUUAUACUAAACAAACUCAUCAAAUUGAAUUACAAGAAGCAACUAAAGCCAAUCAGUUUUCACUUGAUAGUGAAAAACGUCUUGAACAAGCCGAUUUACGAAAUAAAGACAAACGACGAGAAUUGGAAACAAAAGUGACGAAAUUCUGUACAAUUACUAGACCUUUAAUUGAAAAUCAACAGUUAUUUAAAGAGAAUCCAAUAAUUAAUAUGGAUGAACUACGCAAAUUAAUUGGUGAAGUUGAUACAGAAAAACGAGUUUCAAAUACACUUAGUCCAAUUCGUGAUUGUUUGGGUCUUUUGGAAGCUCAAAUGAGAGAUUUACACAGAUUUGAAUGUCUUGCAUGUGAAAGUCGAUGGGAAGUUACACAUGAUAUUCGUGAUUUACAAGAAGCAUGUUUAGAUCCAAAUCGUUUUCUUGAAUCAUCAAUUGUUGAACCUAUGGCAGGAUGUUCAUGUCCAAUAAUAAUUGAUUUUAUUGAGAGCGAUGUUCGAUUGAUUGUAGAUGAUAUGAUAGAUGAAGUGACAUCAACAAUUGCAGUGAACUAA